AAAGGAAGCUGAAGGAGCAGAACGACAGAGGAAACGAAGGCCUUCCGCUUGAAAACAAAUACUGAAUUUUGUUCGUGGAAUGCCGUGUUCUUUGGGCUUAAUCUUUAGAUUAAGACACUAGUUACUCCUCUAAUUGAAAGACAGACCAACAGACGCACAAUUAACGGCAUUUUCUUCUUUUGACGACGCAAAAUAAGCAUACGGUAGCUUGAGUUCGUAAAUGGUUCCAAUGUUCGGAGGUACAAACCUCAUGCAUCGUCCUCCCGAAAGGCCACGGACAACUGGACAAGCGAAUAAUGAACCAAGACAACUGGACUUCACGGCGGCUAUGAACGACUUUAAACACAUGUUUCCUAACGUGGACCGAGAAGUUAUAGAAGCGGUUUUACGCGCUAACAACGGCUUGGUAGACGCUACUAUUGAUCAACUAUUGUCGAUGGGACUUGAUAUGGAAGGCUGCAAUACCUCUUCAAAGCGGUCUGAUCUUCCGCCCUUACCCUCUUACAGUGAUGUGGAUCGUUCGGAACCGCCUCCAGCUUACACACCUCGAGAUGACAAAAUUUCGCCGAGUUCUGGGAGUCCGUCUCGUCCGCUCCCCGCUAGACCUUACUCGGCAUGGAAUCCACCAUUACUCGGCAAAUUACCGGAUGAUUUCUUACGUCUCGGUCCUCCUUCAACGAGCUCUCCUGGCGUUUUUGGCGACAGUAUGGGCGACCAAGAGCUAGAAAGAUUUGUGGAAGAUGAAAAAUUGGCGAUGGUCUUGCAGAAUGAAGAAUUUAUUAGAGAGCUGAGACAUAAUAAGGAUUUUAUGUCGUCACUGGAAAAAGAUAGGCAAAGAAAUACAGUUCCAUCUCAGAACAUGACACCAGUAGAAGCCCCUUCUAGCAAUGUUCUAGUGGCUGCUGGAGGAAGCAACAGUAGCAGGCAUGCACCUCAGUCUCAGACACCAGCACCAGUGCCCUCUGCAAGCCCAGAAACUGCUGGAGCAGUAGGUGGACACCCAGCCCCCGCUGCUGGUUCCACCUCCCCACAUGACGAUGCUGUCCUGAGGGAGAAGUUGAAGCAUAUGGGAAAGAGUACAAGAAAGAAGUUUGACAAACUGGCACGAAUGUUUCACAGGAAGAAUGUGAACAGACCCAAUCUCAUUGCUACUGGUACUGCUGCAUCCACCGCCAACCUUCUGGAAGGUUACAGUGAUGAUGACGAUGAUAAAAUGCUAAAUGCUAUGGGAUCUGCAAGGCUGGAAAUUAUGGAUGAGAGAGAUGAGGACAAAGAAAGAGAGAAAUCACCUGAAAAGACUGCCACUCAGCAGAAGCCACGGGAGGCAGAACAGAGGAAGCCACCUGGAAGUGUUGAACCAAUAGUUUUCUUCUCUGACGAUGAUGAGUUUCAAUUUAAACAAGAAAACUAGAAAUACAUAUGUAUAUAGUGAAAAGAAUAAAUUUCAAAUGUCAUUCAGGUCUGUUAUAGGGUACAGAAAUUACUGCUUUUGAUGUAAAAUGGGGCGAGGAUUUCAAGAGAAAUACUACAGUACACGCCCCACCUUGGUAAUGAAAGAGCACCAGCCUGAAGUAUUGUAAGACUUAACAACUCGCAUAAUUUACAGUAAAUGUCAUGGCUGACUCCGAAUCUUAAUACCACGCCUGGCUGUUUUAUUCUUAAAUUUAUCCAGUGCAGUGUUAACGGGAAUGUGCACGUCAAAAGGAACGUAUUCUGUGUAGUUGAACCAAGGGAAUUGUCCCUCUUCAUUGUCACUAUAUAGUAGGUAAACGUAAAUUGUAAACUAUUUAUCCAACCAAUUUAUUAGGGGGCAUCUCUCGGAAAUGAAAGUCUGUGGGAAAGGCAUACACCCAGGGAUAGUUUACAUAAAUCAUUACAAAUUAUUAUUAUAAUACAUAGAUAAAAAAAAAUUAUUAAAUUUUGAUUUGUUUCGUAAA